UCUCAUGGGUUUUUAUGGCCAUGCUCCAUUGGAGGAAUCUCUCACUAUAUUUGCUAUAUAUGUCAAAUCUUUACCAUUCACUUCACAAAAUUAUGAGUUUGCCUACAGCACCUUUCCAAAAAGGAAGCCAAGAAAAUAUUCCCACUUACUUGUGAGAUGAUAAAGUGGAGAAAUAUUUGUUUACCUGAAAUGGGCACAAGUCCCUAGUUUAAUUUACAUCCCAGGAAUCAGACAAAUACACAGAUACUCUCUCAUUGUUUCGUUUGAAAAUUUAGGUUUGAGUGAAAUUUAGCAGAGGAAAAGAUGACGAGCGCUGAGCCUUCUGGUUCUGGGCAACCUUACAGAUCGAAAAUGACUGUUUAUGUUGUAGCAUGUUGGAUAUUUGCUGCCUUUGGUGGUCUAAUGUUUGGCUAUGAUAUUGGAAUUUCAGGUGGAGUUACCUCAAUGGAUGACUUCUUGAAGAAGUUCUUUCCAGCUAUUUAUGAGAGGAAAUUGCAUGCCAAGGAAAACAAUUAUUGCAAAUAUGAUGAUCAAUUGCUUCAGCUUUUCACCUCUUCUUUGUACCUUGCUGCGCUUGUUGCAAGCUUUGGAGCCUCAAAGGCCUGCAACGUGCUUGGUAGGAAACCUACAAUUGGUUUGGCAUCGAUACUUUUCAUUCUUGGAGCUAUAGUCAGUGGAAUAGCUCCGAACAAAGCCCUGUUAAUCAUUGGAAGAAUUCUUUUCGGAUUUGGAGUUGGAUUUGGCAAUGAGUCAGUUCCUCUGUUUUUAUCAGAGGUUGCGCCAAUGCAACACCGCGGGGCUGUCAAUAUUCUGUUUCAACUUUUUGUAACUAUUGGGAUUCUUAUAGCUAAUCUUGUGAAUUAUGCUGUUUCAUCAAUUCAUCCGAAUGGAUGGAGGAUUGCGCUAGGUCUAGCCGGGGUUCCAGCCAUCUUCCUCUUUAUUGGUUCCCUUAUCAUUACUGAGACUCCUUCGAGCCUCAUUGAACGUGGAAAAGAGUUUGAAGGGAAAGAAGUACUAAGGAAGAUCCGGGGUGUGGAUGAUGUGGAAUCUGAACUCGAAAUGAUCAAACUGGCGUGUGAGAUAGCAAGGCAAGUCAAGCAUCCUUACAAGAAACUCUUCAAGCGUGCCAGCAUGCCUCCAUUGAUCAUUGGUAUCUCGGUGCAAGUUUUUCAGCAGUUCACAGGAAUUAAUGCCAUUAUGUUUUAUGCACCGGUUCUGUUCCAAACGGUUGGAUUUAAGAGCGAUGGCUCUUUGCUGUCUGCCAUUAUCACAGGAGUUGUCAAUGUCUUGAGCACCAUUGUCUCAAUUGUUGUUGUCGAUAGGAUUGGGAGGAGGAAAUUACUUCUUCAAGCUUGUGUGCAAAUGUUCAUAAGCAUGGUGGCAAUUGGAUCAAUUCUGCUUAUUCAUUUGAAGCCUAGUGGUUCACUUGAUAAAGGGCUUGCAGCAGUUGUGGUGGUUCUUGUGUGUUUAUUUGUUAUGUCUUUUGCAUGGUCAUGGGGUCCAAUGGGUUGGUUAAUACCAAGCGAAACGUUCCCGUUGGAGACGAGAACUGCAGGAUUCGCAUUUGCCGUCAGCGCCAACAUGCUCUUCACUUUCAUCAUAGCUCAGGCCUUCUUGUCUAUGUUGUGUAACAUGCGCGCCUAUAUUUUCUUCUUCUUCGCCGUGUGGAUAUUGAUCAUGGGACUGUUUGUCGUGUUCCUAUUACCAGAGACAAAGGGCGUCCCGAUUGAUACCAUGACUGAGAGGGUCUGGAAAAAGCAUCCAGUUUGGAGAAAGUUUAUGGGUAAAGAAAUUGUCAAGAACUAUGAGAUGACCUAAAACUGUAUUAGAAAUGAAGAGGUGAAGUUAUAUUCUCUAACCCCUUUUUUCCCUUUAAUUUUUCCCGUUCCAAUAAGCAGAAGUUUAGACAAAUAUGAACUCUGAAUAAGUUUUGUUUGAAUGGGUGCAGAUUUUGUCUUUAAGGUAUAUGCACUAGGCAGUGGCAUCAAUUUUCUAGUAGCUUUAAGCUGUAAUAUUUCAUUUUCCAUUUAUCUUGCGAUAGAAAGAACAUUUAGCUCUGUAGGAGUUUAUAAUUCAAAUUGAUGCA